UGUGGACCAACUUCCUUGUUACGUGGAAUACCUUGAUCGAGGUGCGGGAACCUGGACUUGGGAUCCUAAUUAUUUAUUCUUUACAGAACCCCUUUCCACGACAUCGGAUUCUGUCACAUCCUGUUGGUUCUGAUCUGAUUUCCCCCUAAAGGCUUACUCAGUUCUAUCAGUAUGGUGCGCCUGCGGGAGAUCCCCCGGACGGCCACCUUCGCUUGGUCUCCCGGAGCUGCUUCUCCAUUAAUUGCGACGGGAACUCGAGCUGGUGCUGUAGAUGUCGAUUUUUCAAAUGAAACAUGCCUGGAGCUUUGGGAUCUGGGCCUUGACCGCCAAGGUCCUACUCAGGAGCCACAACCAAUAGCCAAGUUUGACACAGAUUCAGGCUUCAAUGACCUUGCGUGGGCCGAAUCUGACCACAAUUCUCGGGGUGUCAUAGCAGGUGCUUUGGACAAUGGUUCUUUAAGUUUAUGGGAUGCCGACAAGCUGCUUAACGGAGCAAGCGAUGCAUUGACGUCGAAGACAUCCAAGCAUUCAGGAGCGAUUAAAGCCCUCCAGUUCAAUCCUCGACAUUCCAACCUGUUGGCAUCUGGAGGAGCAAAAGGAGAGCUUUACGUUUCGGAUCUCAGCAAUAUUGAAAAUCCAUUCCGCCUUGGGGGAACUGCCGCUCGAGCCGACGACAUCGAAUGCCUAGACUGGAAUAAGAGGGUCGCACAUAUCUUGGUGACUGGCAGCAGCGCAGGAUUUGUGACUGUGUGGGACGUCAAGACGAGGAAAGAGAGUUUGACCUUGAAUAAUAUGGGCCGGAAGGCUGUCAGCGCUGUCGCCUGGGAUCCUGAACGGCCUACGAAACUUAUCACCUCGACCCCUCUAGAAUCCGACCCCUUGAUCCUGGUUUGGGAUCUUCGGAAUUCACAUGCCCCAGAAAGGACUCUAAGGGGCCAUGAAUCGGGGGUCUUGUCGCUGUCCUGGUGUGCCCAGGAUCCAGACCUUCUUCUUUCUUCCGGCAUGGACAACCGCACAAUUUGCUGGAAUCCACAGACCGGACAGGCAUACGGAGAAUUUCCCGUCGUCACCAACUGGACAUUCCAGACUCGUUGGAAUCCUCACAAUCCCAAUUUCUUUGCCACUGCUUCCUUCGAUGGGAAGGUUUCUGUCCAGACUAUUCAAAAUACGAGCACCGAGACAGCAAAGGCCAUCGCUGAUGAAACCCAGGCCCUUGAUGGUGAAGAUUUCUUUACCAAGGCUCAGAGCCAACCUCAAGUUUCCAGCUUCUCGUUACCGAAGGCCCCUCGCUGGCUUGAACGGCCUUGCAGUGCUUCGUUCGGCUUCGGAGGGAGAGUGGUGUCCAUUGGAUUGGUCGAGAAGGGGAAGCGUAUAUCCAAGAUCAAGAUUACCCCAUUCGAGGUCGAUGAGACGGUUGCAAAUGAUACCGAGAGCUUUGAAAAGGCACUGAAAGAGGGUGACCUCCGAAGCAUCUGCGAGUCAAGGGCGACAAGUGCGGUAAGCGAUGAAGAGAAGGCGAACUGGAAGGUUAUUGAAGCUUUAAUAUCUGAAGAUCCCAGAAAGAGUCUCGUUGACUAUCUCGGCUUCAAUGGCCAAGCUGGCGAGGCCACCGAUGGACUGGCUAAGCUUGAUCUGAACAAAGAAGCUGAGGGGGAGGUCAACGGGAAACUAGAGCAGGACAAACUAAGCCCACCAAAGGUCAAGAAGCAUAAACGCUUGCAAUCUAUGUUCGAUGCAAGCGCCGAAGCGGAUGACUUCUUGUCUGACUUGGCUGCUUCGAAAGGUGCCAAGACCUAUGAUCCUUUUCAGAUUCUUACCGGUUCUGAAACCGAGGCAGAGAAACAAAUCACUAGGGCCCUGCUUUUGGGUCAAUUUGAAAAGGCUCUUGAUGUCGCUCUGAAAGAGGACCGCAUGUCGGAUGCGUUCAUGAUUGCGAUCUGUGGGGGUCAAAAAUGUAUUGAAAAAGCGCAGGAGUUCUACCUGUCAAAGCAGGCUGAUGGGCCUAACUAUGUGCGCUUGCUCGCAUCUAUUGCUGGGAAGAAUCUCUGGGAUAUCGUGCAUAAUGCCGACUUGUCCAACUGGAAGGAGGCUAUGGCGACUCUAUGUACCUUUGCCGAUGAAAAGGAGUUCCCAGAUCUUUGCGACGCUCUCGGUGACCGGAUAGAGGAGCAAGUCCGCAGCACAGGUGAUAAAACUGCCCGCAAAGAUGCCUCCUUCUGCUACCUUGCCGGUUCUAAACUGGAAAAGGUUGUCGGCAUCUGGCUUGAGGAGCUUGCAGAAAACGAGCAGAAGGGUAUUGAAACAGCCGUUGACAAUUCCAUUUUCUCCAUCCAUGUGCAUGCUUUGCAAGCCUUGAUCGAAAAAGUGACGGUCUUCCGACAGGUUACCAACUUUAAGGACACAGAACAGACUAAAGAAUCGGACUGGAAACUCAGUGCACUCUAUGACAAAUACAUCGAGUACGCUGAUGUCGUCGCAACUCAUGGGCGGCUACAGAUUGCACAGAAGUAUCUUGACCUGGUUCCAGAGAAGCAUCCCGAGGCUGAAGUCGCAAGGAACCGUAUCAAAUUGGCCAUGAGGCAGGCUACUCCUCAGAAGCCGCAGACGACUACAACCAGGACCGCCCCGGCUCCCAGCAACAAGCCUUUACCACCACAGCCCAGUGCCUAUCAACCUCAACUGAACUUCGCUACGAGUGCACCAGUACCUACGGUGCAGAACCCUUACGCUCCUCCAACUGCUGCGUCACCACCACCAGCAAGCGCUUAUGCACCACCGACAGUUCCUGCAGCACCUCUAGCAAACCCAUACGCACCUCAAGCAGGAGGCCUUUCACAACCAGCGAACCCCUAUGCUGCCAUUGCUAACAGUGGCUACAACCCCACGGGUUACCAGUCUCCGCAACAAAUGAGACCUACAGCCGUUCCGCCACCCCCAGCAGCUGGUGUUCCUCCUCCUCCUCGUGCAUCCACUCGUUCGCCGGCUACAGUCACAACGUACACCACUGCCAAAAACCUUCCCGCCUGGAACGAUUUACCAGAAGAUUUUGCAAAGCCUCCGAUGGCACGCAGAGGAACUCCCAGCGCAGUAGCUGCGCCCAUCAGUUCACCGUUCUAUAACUCAAGCCCAGUAACGGGAGGGCCUCCGCCCCCUGGACUUCCAGUCGGUGGACAGCGAGCGCCGUCGGUUCCUCCUCCGCCUAAAGGCGUAGCACCACCACCGCGUGUGACUUCACCUGCAACUAGUCGACAGGGGUCUGUCUCAGGAGUUGCUCCGCCUCCCAAUCCUUAUUCUCAUUUGCACCAAUCUCCCCAAACCGUCUCUGCAAUGGGAGUCCCACCACCGAUUGCUCGGGGGCCUUCUCCGUACACUGCACCCCCAUCCGUACCGCCACCAACUAGCAGAUAUGCUCCGAGCCCAGCGCCUCAGCCCGCGAGCCCAAUCUUGCAGAGUCGGGCUCCUAUUCCGCCACCACCUCAAGCCUCUGCCUCACCCUAUGCACCGCAUCAUGUUCAGCAAUCUUCUGUAGGAAGUCAUAACGCUGUUGGCAGCCCUCCACCAGUUCACCAGUCCUUGCCUACUCCUCAGGGUUCUCGGCCGAGCACCGCGCAGUCGCAGCGACCAGUUGCCCCUGCCCCUGCACCCGCGGCCGCGAAAUACCCUCCGGGUGACCGCUCUCACAUCUCAUCCGACGCACUUCCUAUUUUCGAGAUUCUUUCAGCAGAGAUGCAGCGCGUGAAGGGUCGUGCCCCAUCGUCUUUCAAGGUGCAAGUUCAGGAUGCAGAGCGACGCCUGAACAUUCUUUUCGACCACCUCAACAACGAAGACCUACUUAAGCCAAAUACCGUGGUGGAUAUGGUGGAGUUGGCGCGCGCAAUUCAAGUGCGGGACUAUGAGACUGCCCGAACCAUUCACCUUGAUAUUAUGAUGAAUAGAACAGAUGAAUGUGGCCACUGGAUGGUUGGUGUAAAGAGGCUUAUUAGCAUGAGCAGAGCAACGCCUUGAUUGGUUGUGAUGUUGGACUCUCUAUGAUCAAUCAAUGGGUUUGUAUAGAGCAUGCUAAUAAGAAUACCUCCUUCAUGUGAGCUAUGCUUCUGCUUGAAGCGUAUGUUUAUUUUCUCUGCUAUUUUAUUUUGCGAUCGCCUAUCCGAGACUUGUUGGCAGCGCUUGCCAGCGUUUCAUAUCGAGUUAGCUUAGGUUCUGUUUUCUUUUUAAACUUCUUUUUGUACUAUUGGUUUGUGAUGAAUUUGCGGGACGUACUCUCCUAGUUGUAAUCUCAUGAAACUAGUCUAUAAAUAAAAGCAGAUGUUCUGUAUGGGAGAAACUUGUGAGCCCAUAAGAGCG